AUGAGCUCGAGAAAAGUGCCAAAGGUGGAGGUUCUUACAUUUAAGGACUGCAAGAAAGCAGCCAAGACUCUGUACAAUGCAUUCAACGAUGAUGAUGUUGACAGAUAUCUAAGCAGACAUCUAGAAGAUCAGCCAGAACUCAAGAAGAAGUGCGAUCUGCUAUUGUUUGAGGCCUAUGUGUACUCACUAAUGUUGAAGGGAAUAGUGGUUGGUGUGAAAGGUGAAGACUCAGAGAAUAAGGACUGCUUUGAGACUGUUGCUACAUGGUCAACCCCUGAUACUGGCACAAUCGAAGAUUAUCUGACGAUGCUAAGAAGCGGAUUUGCAAGAUUGGCAUGGAUGACAGGUGCAGAAGGACGUAGGAGAAUUUUUCACGAUCUUUUCAAGACUUUGGCCGACAAUGCUGACGAUAUAAUGUCUGCUGAUCCUGAUGGAGAAAACUUGUUCACAUUGGUGUAUCUAGGAACGAUUCCAGAGGCUAGGGGCAAGGGAAAUGUGAGAGCAACCUUCGAAUACAUGUUCAAGAAUUACAUCGACCCAAGAAACUCCAUAUCGUAUCUUGAAAGCUCUGCCUUGAGGAACAUUCCUAUAUACGAGAGAUUUGGAUUUCGAGCUGUGGCUGACGAGUGGCUUGGCGAUAAAAACGCACCUGUUGACAAAGCUCGGAUGGAUGUGAUGAUCCGGGGUCCCCAGGGAAAAACAUGGAAGUAUUUGGAAGUAACGAGAAAGAGAAGAGAGUAUGAAAUUCCAGAAUGUUCGCAAUUGAAAUGA